UGCUCUUCUUAUAUCAGUAUUCACUAUUCCGUAAUUCAAUUUUAUCAUAAUAUAUAUCUUAUUUACAAUAUUUUUGAGUAUAACAAAUAGUUAUUUAAGGAAACGUUACAUUGAUAGAAUUAAUUCAACUUGACUUUCAAUGAUUAAUAAUAAUUACCCAGAACACAGUACUCAAAUUCUUUCUACAUGAGCCUCGACAUAGAAGAAGCAAACGAAACGCAACAACUUAUGCAGAAUGAGGGAGAAGAUGAGGAACAGAAGGUAUCGCCUUCAGCGAUUUCUCCCGUUGCAAGUAAUAAAAUGUCAAGUGGUGCAGCAAGUCUCACUUCGAAGACAACUCCGGCUUUUCCUACAACUGGGAACAGUUUGAACGAUUCUACAAAAAUGUCUUUCGUCAAUGAACGCCGUCAACAACGUGAUUUCGUACGCUCUCACAACAACAGGCCUAAGAAUAUACCAAAAGAAACUCCAGAUGUUAAGCACAUGGAAAAAUCUUUACUUGAUCUUUUGGAUGAUUUCCACACAGGGAAACUUAGUGCUUUUAGUACUGGCUGUAGCAUGGAACAGAUGAUAAAUAUAAGGGAUCAGCAAGAACACUUGGCUAGAUUACACUUCAAAUUGUAUGGUGAUCCAGAGAAACCUGCAGAGGACAAUUUUGAGAACUGUACAGCCAAAGACAAACUGUCACAGUUGGUUCAAAGCUUAGAACAGCUGUCUGUCUCAAUAGAACAUUUACAGUCUGAUGAAAGUGCAAGUAACAGUAAAACAACAGAAUAAUGUCUCAUUAACACAAAGGGAAUUGUCAACAAUUUUACAUAAUAUAAAUAUCUAUAUAAUAUAUCGCUGAUCUAAGGACAAUGAAUACUAUCCUUACGUGAUACAGUUUUUACUAGUACGAAAUGAUAGGAUUAAUCAGUUUAAUGACAGCACUAAGUUACCUUUGAAUAAUAAUUAGUUACAUUGUGUUUAGUUUAUUGUAUAGAUUAAGAAGCUGUAUGGUGGUUGUUUUCUUAUUUCAAUAAAGAUUAUUAUUAUCAUUAUUUAAAAAAAAAGGUCAUUUGCAAAUAUUGUAUUACCUGGAUUGUUGCUAGUAACAGAAAAUAUGUAAUACCAUAAUUACUCAAUGAACAUAAUUUAUAGUGUAAAAUAUAUAAUUAUAGUGUAAAUUACUUUGAGGACAUUGUGCAUAGAAUUAAUUGAUAAGAUUCUUCUGAUGAGAAUGUUUGUGGUGUAAUGGUUAUUACUAUUGCUUUUUAAAAGAACCCGCCAGCCACAUAUAAAUGGCCACAUAUAAAUGUGUUUUUAAAUUCAUAUUUUGUACAUCUAUUCGAUAUUCUUACUGUGAAGGAAAGUAUUGUAAGGAAAUCUUACACAUCCCUGCAAAGACAAUGUGAUGUGCAAAAUUGACCAACAAGAAUUUUUUUUUGGGAAAGGAGAAGGGGCCUUGGAGGUUGAACAACCAACUUGAACCUGACUUAUAAGGGCUAGAAUCCCACCCUGUGUUCAUACAAAAUAAGUGCAUAGUUGGAAAAUAGCAAAUGAAUAUUUUUGCCUAAUAUUUCUGAUUAGAUUAUAAACGGAGAAUCUUAUAGAUCUCUAGUCAAAUAUGAAUAGCUCAGAAAAGCUAAAGUAAUUGUUGAUAUGACAUUACUUCAUCAUCAUCAGCUGGAAGAAAAUCCACUCCUGACAAAGGCCUCUGAAAUUACAUAAGAAUGGAAAAAUAUUUUUAUAGGGAAUAUAUUUUUUUUUUGUAAUUUUAAUGUAUUAUUUGCAUUAAACUAUUUCAAGUUAA